GUUCUGCACUCAGAUGUUGUUGUGUCGUAGCGACAGCGCUUUCGUUGCCUUUCGUUUAUUUUCUUUGUCUAUGGUUGCCACUAGUGGGGAGAUUCGAAUUUGGGCAUAUUCGCACACCUGUGAUCUCUAAUCAGCCGCAGACGAAGCGGCGCGGCGUCUACAAUCAGUGUUAUAUUAUCGGAGGCAACAACCUGCCGAUUGACACCAGCUUUCAGUAAGGCUCUAUAUAGAAUGGAUAUGAUAUGCCGCCAUUUCGCGACUCAUUUAUAAAUAACCGUAAUGAUAAAAUAAACGCGGCAAUUUCAUUUUCACAUAUUAUUAUUAUUCAUUGCAAGUUAUUUUAUUUUGGCUAUUGUUAUUUGUUCUGUGCUUUUUCUGUGUGCUAAUGUGCCAUUUGGUAUGUACUAUGUACUUGUGGCUUAUACUUUAUUGUAUUUUAUGUACGGCUUAGAUAUAAAUAUAUUAUUCACUUUCAUUAUAUUCUAUCUGUUCUUCUACAUUUGAGCUCCAAAAAUAUUUAUUAUGGGAGGAUGUACUGCCCCAAACUGUAGUAAUUCCCGGAAAAACAAAAUUAAAUUGUUCCGUUUUCCAAGAGAAAAAAGCAGAAAGGACAUAUGGGUUCAGAAUUGUAGCUAUGCGAAGUACACUUUGAAAAAAGUCAGUUUGAGUUACAUUGCCAAGAUGGGAUUGUCAAACUUAAGCCUAAUGCCAUUCCAACACUUUAAUGUAUCAAAUCCACCUGCUAGACUUGACACCAAAAGGAAAUCUGUUUAUAAGAAUACUGCAAUGAAAACAACUAACAUUUCUUCCACAACAACUACGUCUUUGAGUCAAUCAGAUGCUUGUUUUAACAUAACUGAAAAUUCUGUUAAUACUGUAAUGAAAACCACUAACAUAUCUUCCUCAAAAAUUAUGUCUUUGAGUCAAUCAGAUGCUUGUGUGAACAUAAUUGACAAUUCUGUUUGUAGUUAUUCAUGAACACAUUCCGAGUUAGUCCAGAACUUGCUAUGGACUUAACAAACAGCAUUUGUGAUUCACUUAAAUGUGAAUGUAGUUCAGGACUUCCUGUUGAAAUUCAAAAAGAUUUUUCGGUGUAUUCAAAAGUAUGUGGAGAUGUCUCUCAUAUCAACAUGUCUUGAUGUAUGCACCAUUGCACCUGAAACUGCUG